CUGGCUGGCGCCUCCUGGAGACAGCUAUGGGCUACUGCCGGAGCACGGAGCAUCAGGACAGGCUUUCUCACAUUUCCCGAUUUCUCCCGGCCGAGACCGCCGAACUGCUUCCACACUACGGCCGACAGCCAGUCGAGACGAGGACGAGAGGCCAGCGAGCUUCAAACCCGCAUUUAUCGCAACCAGCUCGCGUCUCGUCCGAAAUCGACGUAAACGAGAUUCCGUCCUGAGGGAGUAAUGUCGCUGUGAUGACCUGCGUGGCCUCGGCUUCCUCCAGGGAUUGUUCUCCACCCAGAAGAGUGGGGCGAACUCUAGCCAGGAUAUGGUUGGCAGAUUUACGUGAUGGACAGGUGAUGGAGUCGUCCAUCAUCUUCGCUCCCCAGUGACUCACCCUGUCUGCCCUUGCUCACAGCCACGAGUGUGUACCAGCGGACCAAGGCCCCCCAUUUCUCUGCCAUGGUGACAUAAGCGCUACUGCAGCAUGAGGGAGCGCCAACGUCACCGACUUGCUUUUGUAUUCAGUGGCUGCAGCAGCUGCUACGUAGAGGAAAUUUAGCUCUGUAGCCACAGUGAGUUUGUUGUAACUUACUCGUGUUUUAUUUUUCUCCCACACUGAGAGAGAGACUGCCCCUUUGGUGUGUCACUGGGCCGGUGGGGCGGAGCAGUGUGGCGAGAGACGAUGCUGGGAUGCGUGGCACGCCUCCGCCGGCUGGUCCGCCUCCUUCCUCUGCAGACCUCCCUGCUCCUCCUCUUCCUCUUCUGCGCCGUCAGCGUCUUCAUCUUCUCCUACUUCCUCUAUGGCGUCAAACGGGAGCCGGAGCCACCACCAGGUAUCUCGCCCGGACCUGAUGGAAUUCCCCCAGACUUGGUCACCCCGUCGCGGCUGUUGGCCGUGCGAACUGUCCCAGGGGUUUCCAGGUUGGAUCUCGGAGGGACCAAGACAGAUCCUGUGGUUCUGGUGUUUGUGGAAAGCCAAUAUUCUCAACUGGGGCAGGAGAUUGUGGCCAUCUUGGAGUCUGGCCGGUUCAAGUACCGGACCGAGAUCUCUCCUGGGAAGGGGGACAUGCCCACCCUGACGGACAAGGAGCGAGGUCGCUUUGCACUUGUGAUUUAUGAGAACAUUCUGAAGUAUGUUAACUUGGACGCCUGGAACCGGGAGCUGCUAGAUAAAUACUGUGUGGAGUACGGAGUGGGCAUCAUCGGCUUCUUCAAGGCCAAUGAAAACAGUCUGCUCAGCGCGCAGCUCAAAGGCUUCCCCCUCUUUCUUCACUCUAACUUGGGCCUGAAGGACUGCAUGGUCAACCCCAAGUCCCCACUCCUCUUCAUCACUCGAGCAGGCCAGGCCCUGCCGGGUCCUCUCCCCGGGGACGACUGGACCGUUUUUCAGUCCAACCACUCGACAUAUGAGCCCGUGUUGAUGGCAAAGACCCAAUCAGCGGAGAGCCUUGCGUCGAUGGGGCAGCACGCCGCCAUGCUCCCGUCGGUGGUGCAGGACCUGGGGCUUCACGAUGGUAUCCAGAGGGUUCUGUUUGGCAACAAUCUCAACUUUUGGCUUCACAAGCUGGUGUUUGUGGACGCCGUGGCCUUUCUGACGGGGAAGAAGCUGUCACUGUCUCUGGAGCGCUACAUCCUCGUGGAUAUAGAUGACAUCUUUGUGGGCAAAGAGGGAACCCGUAUGAAAGUGCCUGACGUAAAGGCCCUGCUGGAGACACAGAGGGAGCUGCGCACCCAUGUGCCCAACUUCACCUUCAAUCUGGGCUUCUCAGGGAAAUUCUUUCACGCUGGAUCUGACGACGAGGACCUGGGAGAUGACCUGCUGCUUUCCCACGUGAAGGACUUCUGGUGGUUUCCUCACAUGUGGAGCCACAUGCAGCCCCAUUUAUUCCACAACCAGUCUGUGCUAGCCGAGCAGAUGCUGCUCAACAAGAAAUUUGCCAUGGAACAAGGGAUCCCCACCAACAUGGGCUACGCUGUGGCUCCUCACCACUCCGGGGUCUACCCGGUGCACCUGCAGCUGUACGAUGCCUGGAAGAAGGUGUGGAGCAUCAAGGUGACCAGCACAGAGGAGUAUCCACACCUGAAGCCUGCUCGCUUCAGACGAGGCUUCAUCCACAGCGGCAUCAGCGUAUUACCCAGGCAGACAUGUGGUCUUUUCACACACACCAUCUUCUAUAAAGACUACCCGGGCAGUCCCAACGAACUGGACAAGCUCAUCAAUGGGGGGGAGCUCUUCCUCACUGUUCUGCUGAACCCCAUCAGUAUUUUCAUGACGCACCUGUCCAACUACGGGAACGACCGGCUGGGCCUGUACACCUUCAAAAGCCUGGUGAUGUUUGUGAAGACCUGGACCAACUUGAAGAUGCAGACCCUGCCUCCGAUCCAGCUGGCCCAGAAGUACUUCAGCCUGUUCCCCUCUGAGAGAGACCCGCUGUGGCAGGAUCCUUGUGAGGACAAAAGACACAAGGACAUCUGGUCCAAAGAGAAAACAUGUGACCGUUUCCCCAAACUGCUCGUCAUUGGACCCCAGAAGACAGGAACAACAGCUCUCUACUUGUUUCUUGGUAUGCACCCUGAUCUGACCAGUAACUACCCAAGUAAGGAGACGUUUGAGGAGAUCCAGUUCUUCAAUGGACACAACUAUCACAGAGGCAUCGACUGGUACAUGGACUACUUCCCUCUGCCCUCCAACACCAGUUCAGACUACUACUUUGAGAAGAGCGCUAACUACUUUGACUCUGAGGUGGCGGCUCAGAGGGCUGCAUCUCUUCUUCCCAAAGCGAAGAUCAUCACCAUCUUCAUCAACCCAGCCGAUAGAGCGUACUCGUGGUACCAGCACCAAAGAGCCCAUGAUGACCCGGUGGCACUCAAAUACUCCUUCCAAGAAGUCAUCACCGCAGGCCGUGACGCUUCAGUCAAAUUACGGGUUCUUCAGAAUCGCUGCCUGGUACCAGGAUGGUACGCCAUCCACCUGGAGCGCUGGCUCAGUUUCUACCACUCCAGCCAGCUGCUAGUUUUGGAUGGUCAGAUGCUGAAAACAGAGCCAGCUUCAAUCAUGGAUAAAAUCCAGAAGUUUCUCGGCCUCCCCAACGCCGUCAACUACCACAAGAUCUUGGCGUUUGACCCGAAAAAAGGCUUCUGGUGUCAGCUGCUGGAGGGAGGAAAGACCAAGUGUUUAGGGAAGAGUAAAGGACGAAAGUACCCUGAUAUGAACCCUGAGUCCCAGGAGUUCCUCAGGGAGUACUACAGGGAUCACAACAUUGAGCUGUCCAAGCUGCUCUACAGGAUCGGCCAGCCGCUGCCCAGCUGGCUCAGAGAGGAGCUGGUCCACACCAGGUAGCAGCAGCGCCGCCACAGGGAACCACCACGGCCCCACACAGACUGAACCACUGCUGCACCCCGCAGGGCUCGUCCUGCUUCGGCCAGCGGCCCCAAAGCCUGAAGACCCCUGGUUGUUUUGACAGACUGGAAUAGAGCCGAGAGUAAAACAUAACCAUGAUCUUCCAAAGCUGGGGGAACCAGGAUCGGGUCAGGCCUGUGGGUGCGUGUUACUUCAGUGUGGCGCUCACCGCGGAACCUCCAGUGUUUGAUAAUCACAGUAUCGUUGUCCAUAAUCAGACUUUCAUCACAUGAACUUGGAGCUGGGAGCCCAGGAAUGGAGGAUGAACUUUGUGCUGGUGUUAUCUCAGCUUGAUGGAAACACUAUCAGAUGCCUGGACAACAUAAUAAUUAUAGACUUUAUAAAUGUGGGCGUGACUGACAGGAGAGGGACGUGUGGAGCUGUGACUCAGGCUGCGUGCUUUAGCCUCCCUCCAUAGGCCUUGGUAGAGUCUAGUAUUUACAUUUACAAGUGCCAGGACAGAAUCUUCUUUAACCAUCAUCACACAAGCUGUCGGGGGUUCGUGCUUUCUUUUGUUUUAUGUUUGCUCUGAUUUAACAUUUCUGUAAUGCUGAUGGAAAUGCGUCUUUGUAGAAUGUACCAAACCUAGACCUGGUCUCUGUUGUUUUCUCACAAGCAGGAAACGCUGUUCAGUUCUAUUUAUACCGCGUUUGUCUUUUUUGUCCAUCUUACUGAGUCGGCCGAAGCAGGACGAGUGGGAGAGGCGCUGAAAGCACAAAGACGGGAGUGGGGAUUCUGAGCGUACAGGUAACUGGAAAGCACACUAAACGGCUCCUGCUGCGAUCUGUGAAGAAAACCAUAAGCUAGCUACUGUAUGUUCAUUCAGCGAUCUGCUCCCACAGACUGACAUCAGUGUACAGAAGAAGAAAAGCGCAUUUCAGAAUGUUUUCAGCAUCAGUUAUGUUUUAAUUUUGUCAGAACUGUAUAUUUUGUCUUAUAUUUUUUUUAUUUACUAGAUGAGUUUUAAAAAUAAAGUCUGGGGAGAGAAAAAUUAAAUCUGUCUGAACAAAAGUCACCUGACCGUCACAGCGCCCGGUUACAACACACACGGGUGUUCGGUCUGUCGGUCAAUUCGUUACCGUAGCAACUAGAUGUCAAGCGUGGGUAACAAAAAGCUGCUCCUACUGCAAUAGUUUUGUACAUUGUUUUGGUGUAAUAAAGAUGCACAUGGCGGUCUGUCUUUACCGGACUCUGAUGUACAUAAAGUAGACCUAAAUUAUUGAAUGUGUUUGGGUUUACGCUCCAUCAGCCCCUUCUUGUCUUGUGAAGCAUCAGCGCCGCACUGACAGCAGUCGGGAUCCGUUCGUCAUGCAAACGUGUCGCUAAGAGUAUUUUUUUCCUCCCACAUCCUCUCUCACUGCCAGCGUUGUACAGAAAAGUGCAGAGUCUCUCAUAUAAAAGUAUUAAGUGAUAACGCAUAACAGCAACGAUGGUACUAAUCUCCAGGAUUGUAUGAUAAAGAUUUGUAAUUGUUGUCAAUAAUUUUUACAGUGUAACUAAUAUUGUCGGUGCUUUUUAAUUUGCAAAUAAAACACCACUGUAUUUUUCAGUA